ACUGCAUCUCUCUCCCUUCAGCUGCUGUCUGUGGAGGGGCGUGAACAGAGUGCAAAAAAAAAAAAAAAAAAAGCCAAGUCCUGCAGCUCGACCAAAAGCAGUGAGGAUUUGCAGUCGGGGGAUACUCUGUCAUCAUCAUCAUCAUCUUCUUCUUCUGCCAGAGCAAAGCUGCUCUUUGUCUCUCCUUUCCUUGCAUUUCUCCCCUUUGCUCUUAUUGUCUCUCCUCCAUCAUGUCUCUGAACGGCGCCGACGGGGACUUGCUGCAGAUCCCUCUGGGGCUCAUCAACAGCGCAGGAAAGUAUCUGACGGCCGAGAGCUUCGGCUUCAAAAUCAACGCCUCGGCCAGCAGCCUGAAGAAGAAGCAGACCUGGACGCUGGAGCAGACCGGCGAGGACGGCAGCGCCGUCUUCCUCAUGUCCCACCUGGGCCGCUACCUCGCCGCGGACAAAGACGGCAACGUUACCGCGGAGAGCGAGACGCGCGGCCGGGACUGCCGCUUCGUCAUCACGGCGCAUGAGGACGGGCGGUGGUCGCUGCAGUCGGAGCCCUACGGCCGCUUCCUCGGCGGCAGCGAGGACCGGAUCACCUGCUUCGCGCAGACAGCCUCGCCGGCGGAGAGAUGGAGCGUCCACCUGGCCGUCCAUCCGCAGGUGAACCUGUACAGCUUCGCGCGCAAACGCUUCGCGCACCUGAGCGCCCAGGAGGUCUCCAUAGACCGGGACGUCCCCUGGGGCGUCGACUCGCUGGUGACGCUCGUCUACCGAGAUCAGCGCUACCACCUGGAGACCUCGGACAACCGAUUCCUGCGCAACGACGGCAGCCUGUCGGCCAACACCGACAAGGACACCGGCUACAUGUUGGAAUUCCUCUCCGGGAAAGUGGCAUUCCGCGACUGCAACGGCCGCUACCUGGCGCCGGUGGGUCCCACGGGGACAAUGAAGUCCGGGAGGAGCGGCCGGGUGGGAAAGGAUGAACUGUUUGGCCUGGAGCGCAGCCACGCUCAGGUGGUGCUGACUGCGGGGAACGAGAGGAAUGUCUCUACGAGGCAAGGCAUGGACUUGUCAGCCAAUCAGAGUGAGGAAGGAGACCAAGAAGUCUUCCAAGUGGAAAUGAACCGUGAAGACAGGAAGUGUGCCUUCAGAACCGCUGCUGGGAAAUACUGGACACUGACGCCUGCUGGCGGACUGCAGUGCACGGCCUCCACUAAGUCUGCUAACAGCUACUUUGAACUGGAGUGGCGGGAUGGUCGCGUGUGGAUCCGUGCAGCCAAUGGGAAGUAUGUGACUGCCAAGAAGAAUGGACAACUGGCUGCUGCAGUUGACAAUACAGGGGAGGCUGAGCAGUUCCUUGUGAAGCUGAUUAACCGUCCAAUCAUCGUUCUGCGUGGAGAGCAUGGUUUCAUUGGAGCUCGUAAAGCUGGACUUCCAACCCUCGACUCCAACCGGGCCUCCUACGAUGUUUUCCAACUGGAGUUUCACAACGGUGCUUAUUCCAUUAAAGACUCCCAGGGGAAGUACUGGUGCGUUGGAGACGACUCUGCAGUGGUCUGCAGCAGCUCCACACCGGUCCAGUUCCUGCUUGAGUUCUGUGAUCUCAACAAGAUGGCGAUUCGCGCUCUGGGUGGGAAGUACCUUAAAGGCGACCAUGCCGGAGGGCUGAAGGCCAGCGCAGACUCUGUGGAAAGCGCCACCCUCUGGGAAUACUAAGAAGUGACUUUUUUUUUUGUCUUUGUCCGCAUAAUGCUUCAAACUAUUGAUGCUCAAUGUCUGCAGGAUGUUUUUUUUUCUCCAUAUUUGUGUGUGUGCAGUUGUGAAUUUGGUUGGACGGUUGGUCGUGUUGUAAAAACUGAAUACCAUUGCACCAGGGCACUGCAGGCAUUUUCUUUCCUGAUAAUUGACUAUGCUUCCUGGGUUUCUACUGGAGAUUUCCGGCUACUUCUCAUUGUUCUGAAUGUGCCACCACAAAUCAUUUGUUGUCACACCCAGACAAACUUACACAAGCUGUACCUAUCUGUGGUGACUGCUGGUAAAACAAACAAGUAGAACUGUACAACUCUAAACCUUCAUUAUCAAGCUUUCUGCUGCUAUAAAGACCUCCUGUCUAGAUUCUCUGCUCUCAUUCAUUGCUGUCUGUCGAAACAUUUAUAUAAGACACCAGAUGAAGCAUUGUGAAUGAUUUGCAUCCAUCGGCUGUAAAUAAGGCUUUCGCUGUCGUUGAAUGGUUCAGUACAUGAUAACCAUGGAAACGUUGGAUGGUGAAUCUAGGAUUUGCCCAUGUGCUCCAUUUUUAGAUGUAAGUAGGGUUCUUCACACUCAUAAAAUAUUGAUUAAUUUACAGCUUAAGAAGAUAAAGCUGCUUUUACUUCCAUAUUACAUCCUCAGAGAUCCCUGUGGUCAGAAACCGUUACAACAUGUAAUCUAAUAAGAAUAAAAAGAGUGAAGAAACCUGAAAGGGGCUUUUAAUAUAAUUUUUUUUUACAAGUCAGUUAAAAGCACAGGUGGUGAAAGAGGACGUUUUUAAGAACAAGGUUUCCUUGGAUGCACAUAAGUACAUUAUUUUAAACUGUGAAAUGACACUGAGUAAAGAUCUUUACAAUUAUGAAGUGUCUGUUUGAAAUAAAUCAAAAGCACAUGUUUUUUUUUCUCAAUCAGAUCUAAACAGGGUGCUGCUGCCAAUGUGCAGACACAAUGGUAGAACCUUCAUCCCUAAUGGCUUUUAUUGUUGUUGUGCCUUUGGUAUACCAUUUACUGCUUUCUCAUUCGUGCUUUUCCAUUUUACUGAACCGAAUGAAACUUUAAUAAAGUGCUCUCUUACGCAGUCAA